AAAUAACCGUUUCUUUCAGACAUAAAUCGUUUCUCAUCAAGUAAGCAACCCGGCUAAUUCCCAACGUCCACUGUGUAUAUUUGGCUUUUAUUUUAAAAACGUUAGGCUACCAGUUUGAUACAUCAUGGAGAAAAAACCAAUCAUAUUUGGGAUUAUUCUUACUUUGGCUGUUUCAGCGCUCCUUUUCUUUGAUGAUGUUGUGCCUGUUUCCCAUUUACGGAGGGCAACACCCAGCAGCAAUGUCAAGACCACCCCAGCUACGCUGUCCACCUACUACAUAUGCGUCAGAAUCACCAACCGGAUUUACACUGAGUCACUCAAUAAUCAAAACUCUAAGGAGUACAAACAGCUGAGGAAACAGGUGGAGCAGAUGAUGGAUGACGUCCACAGCCCUUUGUCAGAGUCUGCCAAAUAUAUGGGUGUAUUUGAUAUAAUCUUCAGUAAUGGAUCCGUCAUUGCAAACUCGACAGUAAGGUUUGGGACUACAUUGAUGAUAACUCCAACUUUGGUUAAAGGUCUAUUUUCCACUCAUAUCCAAUCAAAUAAAUCCAAAACCCUUGACCUGGACCUCGCCUAUACUGAAGGUCAACUUCCAAUAAAAGCCACACUACCUCUUGUGGCACGUACCACAGCAACCGUAGCUGCCUUAGAUAGUACGGCUAGCCGUUCAGGAUGGGCUGGGGAUGCAACUACAUCUACAGCAAUUACUUCAUCUGGCAACAUCACAAGUAGUCAUACCCUCACAACCACCACCACUAGUCCUGACAAAAACACUACAACUAGCAACACAACCACCCCUAGUCCUGGAGAGCAUAACACUACAACUAGCAACACAACCACCCCUAGUCCUGGAGAGCAUAACACUACAACUAGCAACACAACCACCCCUAGUCCUGGAGACCAUAACACUACAACUAGCAACACAACUAACCCUAGUCCUGGAGAGCAUAACACUACAACUAGCAACACAACUAACCCUAGUCCUGGAGAGCAUAACACUACAACUAGCAACACAACCACCCCUAGUCCUGGAGAGCAUAACACUACAACUAGCAACACAACCACCCCUAGUCCUGGAGACCAUAACACUACAACUAGCAAAAUAACCCCCCCUAGUCCUGGAGAGCAUAACACUACAACUAGCAAAAUAACCCCCCCUAGUCCUGGAGAGCAUAACACUACAACUAGCAAAAUAACCCCCCCUAGUCCUGGAGACCAUAACACUACAACUAGCAAAAUAACCCCCCUAGUCCUGGAGAGCAUAACACUACACCUAGCAAAAUAACCCCCCUAGUCCUGGAGAGCAUAACACUACAACUAGCAAAAUAACCCCCCCUAGUCCUGGAGAGCAUAACACUACAACUAGCAAAAUAACCCCCCCUAGUCCUGGAGAGCAUAACACUACAACUAGCAAAAUAACCCCCCUAGUCCUGGAGAGCAUAACACUACAACUAGCAAAAUAACCCCCCUAGUCCUGGAGAGCAUAACACUACAACUAGCAAAAUAACCCCCCUAGUCCUAGAGAGCAUAACACUACAACUAGCAAAAUAACCCCCCUAGUCCUGGAGAGCAUAACACUACAACUAGCAAAAUAACCCCCCCUAGUCCUAGAGAGCAUAACACUACAACUAGCAACACAACUAACCCUAUUACCCCUAAAAAUCCUCCCCAGACCAGUAGCACGACAGUCUUACGUAAAACCUCUCCAUUAACAACUACCUCGGGCCAAUCUAACCCCCCAGUUGCCCCUACUGAGAGAGCAACAAGCAAGUAUCAGGCUGCUACGGGCCAAACGGUCAGUCAUAAGAACACAGAGAAUACGGAGGCAACCCAUAAGACCACAGAGCAUGCUGCAGCUGUAGUUGCUGGGGGCGGUGAGGGAGUCCCAGGAUGGGGGAUCGCUCUAUUGGUACUGGCUGCCCUGAUCUUGUUAAUCCUCCUUAUUCUCCUAAUACUGCUGCUAGUGUGGUUGUGCUGUAGGCAGAGAUAUGGAAGCUUCAGCCCAUAUGACCAGAUCAACCACGGGGCAGACAUCCAAAUGUACUCCACACACAGCCGCUUCAACGUGCCCAAUGGCAAGCCUAAUGACGAAAUGGGAGAAUCAUUGAAAAACCAAACAGGGAUGUAUGUGGUGAACGAGUACUGACACACAGAAGCUCCAGUCAAUUGGGUAAGAAGACCAUCUGAAAUGGCCUUAUGAAGUAAUAUGCAUGGGAGCAAUGACAAUUCUGUACAAAUGGUUCAAUUAUCUCUGAAGUAUCUGAAUGAAGAUCAUGGAGUUGGCUCACUGAUUGUAAUUUCAACCUGUAUUUAUUCAAAUCAAAUCACAUUUAUUUAUAAAGCCCUUUUUACAUCAGCCGAAGUCACAAAGUGCUAUACAGAAACCCAGCCUAAAACCCCAAACAGCAAGCAAUGCAGAUGUCCUAAUGUUAUUUUAUUCCUAAUGCUUUUACCAGUGGAGGUUGCUGACGGGAGGACGGCUCAUAGUAAUAGCUGGAAUGGAGUCAAUGUAAUGGUAUCAAACACAUCAAACACCUGGUUUCCAUGUGGUUGUUACCAUUCCAUUCUAUUAUUCUGUAUGUUAAUCUGAGACACUCCAUUUAGUAUAUGUUACGCCUCCCCGACCAACCUCCCUACUUUAGAUUCUGUCUAAAGUAACCAGGCCAUUGAAAGGUAUCAUAUGUCUUGAUGUGCUCAGAAAUAUGUAAAGUAUGUUUUGAAUGGCUCUGAGGCCAGGCUGGCCAUUUUGGCUUCAUUGUGGCAAUACUUUGAGUUGUAUUUUCAGUCUUUACUGAAGGCAAGCUUAACCUUGGUAAAAAAGAAAGCUGAUCCUAGAUCAGUAAAUGGGGUCAACAUAUGUAUCCUGCAAUUAACAUUUAAGAAGAAUGAGUAGGGGUGCAAUACCCAAUCAGGUACAGUUAACAAGAAUUUCAUUGUUUUCAAAGACUAUAAAUCAAACCUUUUGACUUGGGCUGAGAGAUCCAGAUCUAAUUCCCUACCUCUGGAUAAGACAUGUUUUGAGAUAGGAUACUAGCAUGCCAAAAAAGUUAACUAUUCCACAAACCCAACCGAGUGAGUAAAACACCAAUAUUAUGUAUAUUUGACAAUCUGAUUAAAUAAAUCCACCAUUAUUAAUCAAAUCUGUGAGAUGAAACUAUCUGUAAACAUUUGAAGUGAUCGUGUAUUGGCGCUUUAAACUUUGCAUAAAAAGAAAUCUAAAUCAUUUUUAGAUUAAAUAUUUGUAAAUAAUAAAGUUUGAGUUAGAUUUUUAUGGGCAGAAGUGGUUUGGAUGUAUUCAUGGUUUGUAAAAGAGUUGGAUGAUUCUGUUCAUCAGGAGAACUGAAGAUAGGGCAGAACAGACACACCUCUGUUUGUAUCUAAGCCUGCCCUCAUCCCCCUGGCGUUCUUUUUCUCUUUUAUUCUUUGUGUGAAAAGAACAAGUAAAUAGCUAUCUAGAUAACGUGCUUUACAGUUGGGCUGGGUGUGGCGGUGUGAUAAAGAAUAAGGUAUUGUAUUAAAUUA